AUGAAUUUUGUACUCAGCCAUGCAGAGGACUUUUUUGUUAGAUUAGAAGCUGAUGGAUACAUUGAUGGCAAAAUUGUAGUAAAAGAUAACGAAACAGAUCAGAAAUAUAGCUUAUAUAAGCACACAGAAUCAGUUUACGCGUUAUCAAUCACAAUGUAUGAUAUAUAUCCAGUUAUUUUCUCUGCAGGAUAUGACAAAUUGGUGUGCAUCUGGAAAUUCGGUAAAUCAGGCUGGAAAUGUGUCUUUACUCUUCAAACUGAAAAACCUAUUAUUAAUAUGGCAACAAGUCAUAGAAAAGAGCUUGCAUUAGUAUUCAAAGAUGGAACUAUAUCGACAUAUACAUUUACUGAUACAUCAAUCGCUUUCAAACAAACAUAUAACAUUUCUAACGCAACAGCUGUUACAUACCAUCCAAUGGAAUGCAAUUUAAUUUGUUCCACAAAGGAUGGCAAGAUAAUUGAUCUCGAUAAAAACUCUACAACUCAGAUUUCUACAGCAAAAAUUAAUUUCAUUGCUUUUGGAGAUAGUAGCCUCGCUGCAAUUUGCGAUGAUUCAACUGUUAAGGUUGUUGCUGAUAGUGUCGUUCAAAAUAUCCCAAUAACUCUGAAUGAAAAGCCAACACGUCUUAAAUGGACUCCAAUGACAAAUCAGUUAGCUGUUUACGGCAAGAACUCUUCAGAAGUUUGGAAUACUGUUGAUGGAAGCACCUGGAGACGUGUAAAUAAUAAAAUUAUUUAA